CAAAUUUCGCAUAGCACCGCUUCCGGUCACGCGACUUCCAUCCGGGGCUUCUGUUGAUAGGGACAUAAGCAAAGAGAGCGACCACGGCGUCGAAGAACAGGGAUUUUCCCCUGAAUAUAUUUACAUCAGAAAAUCAUUCCCUCUUCUUGGGAGCCCAAAAUGUCCGACUCCAAAGAUGAGAAGGGGGAGGAAGAGAAGAUUUAUGGGGGAUGUGAAGGUCCUGAUGCCAUGUAUGUCAAACUAGUGUCAUCUGAUGGUCACGAAUUCAUUGUGAAACGGGAACAUGCACUUACAUCUGGUACAAUCAAGGCUAUGCUUAGUGGGCCAGGACAGUUUGCGGAGAAUGAGACAAAUGAAAUUAAUUUCAGGGAAAUACCGUCACAUGUACUGCAGAAGGUUUGUAUGUAUUUUACAUACAAAGUGAGAUACACUAACAGUUCCACAGAGAUCCCAGAAUUUCCUAUUGCACCCGAGAUCGCUUUAGAGUUACUUAUGGCUGCAAAUUUCCUGGAUUGCUAAACAAUUUGCGCUUUAUUUGUAAAUGUAAAUUACCACUUGAGGAUUCCUGUAUAUAUCUAUGAGUCAGUAACAGGAACAGCUGUGCAAAUUAUAACGGAGCGGAGGAAUCCAUCCUGCUGUUUUGACCAUCUCCAAUAUUUUGUUUAGUGCGAUUAUACAGGAAAAGUAAUGUUAGCAUGUGUAUUCCUAAGAUAAACCAUCAAGGAACAGUGGAUAAAAACAGGGACAAUGAGAUUAACCCAGAUCUGAUGCAAGCUUGAUGAAUGAACUGUGUGAUGGCAUUGUUUUAUGCGAGAUUUAUCAUCCUCUUUGUCUGCAGGUGAAGUUUAAUACACUGGAAAACUGAAAAAAGUACCUUUUUUUUACCCUUUCUUAAUUAUUCUUUGUGAAUGUUGUUAAUAUUUAUUAUUAAAUAUUGUGAUAUUUUAUCACAUUAUGUAUGCGUGCAUCAGAUGUUAACAGAUAGAAGUACACAUUUUAAUUCCAGCAAGUCGUAUCGUAGUUACUCUUCACAAUACAUAUUUCUUUAACUAUUUCCUUGCAAAAAGGAAGUAAUACAUUGUUCAGUUUCAGUUUUUCAUAACCUGUUUUAGAAUAUAAGCACAUGUAAAGAUAACAGCAACUGUUUUUUCCCAGAAAGGUAUUGCACAAUGUUUUCACUGUGUUGCAUUACUUGUUUAUAUAGAACAAAAAAUGUAAGCAAUAUAACCACGCUUACCACGAACUUGGAUUAGGUUAGUAUUGUGAAUUGCUCUAAUCUAAGUCCGUGUUAUGAUUAUGUGUAUAUAGCUGAUGCUUUGUGAUAUUCAAGUGAGUAAACAGGUCUGUGUACGUUUAGAAAGAAAUAUGUAAACCUCAACAUUCAUUAAAGUUCUAUCCAUUUUA